AGCCCCUCACUCGUGCCUCUCUGCCCUCCUCCCAGUGCUGUCCUCUCGGCACGGCUCCUCCCAUCCUGCACGGUGCAGUCCAGGGCUGCGUACUGGGCCGGAGUACCGGGAAAACCGGCCAGGAUCUCCCAUGAGGCAAGAGCUUCCUUGGCCCUUGUUGUCAGGAGAGUCCACGGCAAAGCUAAGACCACAGUGUUGAAUACAGGAACCCAGGAGAAGUCCAUCCCUCUCACCUCCUCAGUGGGGGCAGCUCCCCCUCCAAGUACAGAACAUUGUCUCCUCAGUGACACCAGAGAGGGAAUUGCAAAUGAACAAGAAGAUGAAAAAAAUAUCCCCUGCUCAACCAGUGGUGUUUGUGGGAUGGAACAAUGGAAUCGUGUCCAAAUGCACAAAUGCAGGACUGAUUGACCAGACAGGGCAUCUGCAUGUAGGGCAGAGCUGGAUCUGCUGCCAGGGAACCUGCCAAGACUGGCAGCAGCACAACAAGGGCAGAAUCAGUCCCUGACAUCUUCCCGACUACCUCCCCCAGUUGGUGUCCCAGCCAAGCAGGCGCUGCUCAGCCUUUAAUCUGCAGGAAGCCUCGUUUCCCUGGCAGCAGUGUUUCAGAGAGACCUCGGACCCCCAGCAACAGCUACACCUCAGGGUGCUGCGGGAGCUCGGCGUUCCUCAGGAGGACCCCUGGCUGCACGCCUAGUCACCGGGGAGAGAGGCGUUGGACCUUGUGUGUUGCAUACUUAGAAGCUAUACUCUACUCCAGGAGGCUUUAAACUAGUGUUACCACACCUUGACCAUGAAUGGGUACCUGAAUGAGUCCAACUUCAUGAUGGUGGAGGAGGGCUUCACCACCAGAGACCUCCUGGAGAACCUCCUCAUGGAGCUGUGCCAGGCAAGCGAUCAGCAAGCCUUCUUCGUGGCAGACCUUGGCGACAUUGUGAAGAAACACCUGUGUUUCCUGAAGGCCUUGCCCCGUGUGAAACCCUACUUCCCGGUUAAGUGCAAUGGCAGUGAAGGAGUGAUUCGGCUGCUGGCUGAGCUGGGCGCAGGCUUUGCUUGUACCAACAAGGCAGAGAUCUCACGCGUUCAAAGCAUCGGAGUCCCGGCUGACAAGAUCUUCUACAGCAGCCCCUGCAAGCAGGUUGCCCACAUCAAAUACGCCGCCAACCACGGUGUGCAGCUGAUGACCUUCGACAACGAGGUGGAGCUGAGCAAGGUGGCCAGGAGCCACCCUCGUGCCAGGAUGUUGUUGGGCAUUGCUGCUGACUCCAGCCCCGCUCCCCAUCCGAGCAUGAUGUUUGGGACCACGCUCAAGUCCUGCCGGCACCUGCUAGAGACAGCGAAGGAGCAGGCUGUGGAGGUUGUUGGCAUCAGCUUUCACCUCGGGAGCGGCGGUCUGGAGCCCCGGGCCUUCGCUCAGUCCGUGGCUGCGGCGCAGCUGGCCUUCGAGAUGGGCACGGAGCUGGGCUACCGGAUGCACCUCCUGGACAUCGGAGGGGGAUUCCCUGGCACCGAGGACACCAGAGCCCAGUUCAAAGAGAUCGCUGACGUGAUAAACUCUGCCUUGGACUUGUAUUUCCCAGAUGGCUGCGGGGUCGAGAUCGUUGCGACACCCGGGCGGUACUAUGUCACCUCCGCCUUCACCUUGGCUGCCAGCAUCACUGCCAGGGACGAGGCUCUGGUGGAGCAGCCUGGCUCCGACGAGGAAGAGUCUGGCAGCAAGAAGAGCCUUGUGUAUCACCUCAGUGACAGCAUCUACGGUGCUUUCAGCUGCCUCCUGUUUGACACCCCCUGCCCCAGGCCUCAGCUGCACAAGAGACCCUGCCCCGACCACCCUGCGCAGAGCAGCACCCUGCGGGGCCCCCCGGGACGCGUGGAGGAUCGCAUUGCCGACGGCCUGGAGCUGCCUGAGCUGCAGGUGGGCGACUGGCUGAUUUUCAAGGACAUGGGUGCCUACACCAUCGCGACCCCGUCCCCGCUUGAGGGGUGUCCCCAGCCACAGAUCACCUACGCCAUGUCCCGUGUGGCCUGGAAAGCCGUCCAGCUCUUCCAAGGAAAGCCACCGCAAACAGAAGACGACCGUGACAGCCUCUGCGCCCCGCUGUCCUGCGGCUGGGAAAUGGCUGAGACGUUGUGCGUCACGCCGGUCUUUGCUCCGGCCGGCAUCAUCUGAGCAGCACCGGUACCGGGGACGGGGUGGAGGGGGGAAAAAAAGGUCCCGCAGCGGCUGGGCUGCCGCCGGCAUCGCCCCGCUCCGCUCUCACGGGAGAUUCGGGGCGAGGACUUUGAAGUGUGAGCCAUAAAUCCCGUUCCUCCUGCU